AUGGCAUCCACGGUCGACAGUGUCAAGGACAGCCAGCCAGGCGAGUCGUCUGUCAAUGGCGGAUCCCGCCCUUCUCGUACUAGGCCAGGCGCCAGCGGCGGUCCAAUGGUGAACGUGGAGCCACCAAGAAGAGAGGAUCUCCAGCCCAGCUAUGCGCAGGUCCUUCAGAACGAUGAUGUCGGCGCGCAUGGCUGGUACGGAAGCAUGAUCAACGCGUUGGGCUCAUGUAUUGGAACCAUGGGCGCCAUUCCGUGCUGCAUCAUCUGCCCGAAUCCAUAUAAACCCGUCUCCCAGGGUAACGUCGGUCUGGUCACCAAGUUCGGCCGUUUCUAUCGCGCAGUGGACCCCGGUCUUGUCAAGAUCAACCCGCUCAGUGAGAAGCUUAUCCAGGUCGAUGUCAAGAUCCAGAUUGUUGAGGUUCCUCAGCAAGUUUGCAUGACCAAGGAUAAUGUUACCCUCCACCUGACUUCCGUCAUCUAUUAUCACAUCACAUCCCCCCACAAAGCUGCUUUCGGAAUCUCCAAUGUUCGACAGGCACUCGUGGAGCGCACUCAAACAACCCUCCGCCAUGUCGUCGGCGCGCGCGUCCUCCAGGAUGUCAUCGAACGCCGUGAGGAAGUCGCCCAAUCCAUUGGCGAGAUCAUCGAAGACGUCGCAUCAGGCUGGGGUGUGAAGGUAGAGAGCAUGCUCAUCAAGGACAUCAUCUUCAGCAACGAGCUGCAAGACUCCCUCUCCAUGGCCGCCCAAUCCAAGCGUAUUGGAGAAUCCAAGGUUAUCGCCGCGCGCGCCGAGGUCGAAUCCGCGAAGCUCAUGCGCCAGGCGGCAGAUAUCCUGUCCAGCGCACCCGCCAUGCAAAUCAGAUAUCUCGAGGCAAUGCAAGCCAUGGCCAAGUCCGCCAACAGCAAGGUCAUCUUCUUGCCGAGCGCGUCGACCGUUGGAUCAUCGAUGCAAAUGGCGAAUGCGUUUGGCGAGGGCUCAGAACACAAUGGCGGCCCUUCGGCGUCGCAGAAAUAUGAUACCGAUUUUGGAGGUACUGGUUUCCAACAGGCGAUUAACGCCCAUGUGAUCGAGAAUAUCUAG